CGACUUCGGUCACACAUGCGCAGUACGACAUAGCACUUUACUUCCUGACGUCUCUGAGUGGGACUUCGGGUCAACAGUACCACUGUGUGGAUGAUUUCUCCCGUGUAGGAAUCAAACAUAGACCCGCUCCUGCCACACACCACGGACUAUGUUCUCCUGCUAACCCGGGCCUUCCGUUGUGGAAGACCCGAUGUCGCUGUCGCUCCGCGGUGCCUUCUGAAUCGCUGACGGCCCGACGACCACCGUGGCCCGGCGUGUAGCCGUCAUGUUCCCCGUCCGGACCAGCCUCUUUCUCCUCCCGCUUCUGCUGCUCCUGUUGUCCGCGGUCAACGUGCACUCUUCCCAGGGCGACAAGGAGCCGGUGUACCGGGACUGUGUCAAGCAAUGCGUCCGUACCAACUGCACCGGAGCUCGGCUGCGGGGCUUCGAGUCAAGGCAGCCGCCGUACAUGGCGCUGACAGGAUGGAGGUGUGGUGAUGACUGUCGGUACCAGUGCAUGUGGACGACCGUGGGUCUGUACCAGGCCGAGGGGUACCGGAUCCCCCAGUUCCACGGAAAGUGGCCCUUUGCUCGCUUCCUGUGUUUCGAGGAGCCUGUCUCUGCGCUAGCGUCUCUGCUGAACGGCGUGGCCUGUCUCCUCAUGAUGCUACGCUACCGCGGCACUGUGCCUCGCCAGAGCCCCAUGUACCCCACCAUCACAGCCUUCUCUCUGGUGUCUCUGAACGCCUGGUUUUGGUCGACUGUCUUCCACACCAGAGACACCUACCUCACUGAGAAAAUGGAUUAUUUCUGUGCAUCUGCCGUCAUUCUGUACUCCAUAUACCUGUGCUGCGUCAGGACUCUGGGUUUGAAGCGUCCGGUCGUCUCCAGCCUGGUGGGCGCGCUGCUCAUUCUCGUCUUCACCGCCCACGUCUCCUACCUGACCUUCGUCAGCUUCGACUACGGAUACAACAUGGCCGCAAACGCAACCAUCGGCAUAGUGAACCUGCUGUGGUGGCUGUGCUGGUGCUGGCAGAACCGGCGGACCCUACCCUACUGGUGGAAGUGUGGUGUGGUGGUACUGUUGCUCCAUGGCCUGGCACUCCUGGAGCUGCUGGACUUCCCCCCGCUGCUCUGGGCUCUGGAUGCCCACGCCGUCUGGCACCUCAGCACCGUGCCCGUUCACUUCCUGUUCUACAGUUUCCUGAUAGACGACAGCCUGCACCUCCUCAACACAGAGAAGAUCGGAGUCAAGCUGGAGUAGGAGGGGCCUCUCACCUCUUGAACAUGCCCUCUCCCCUCAACCCCUCCAAUCAGGGCAUCCAGACGCCAGAACCAGGAAGGAGUGCCACUCCAUGACAACCCCGAUCCCUCCCCCCUCGAGGAAGGCUCUGUUUACACUUUUCUUGUGUGUGUGUGUGUUUUUAAUUUUUCUAUAUAUUCAGUUUGGUUUUGGAGGCCUUGAAUCUGAACUGAAGGGGAGGCUAUCAACCGGCUGUCUCAGACCCCUCGUAAAUUGACGAAAGAACCGUUAAGCUCACAUAUCACAUUUCAGCCUCACCUGCCACCUUAUAAAGCUUUAAAAUAGACUCCCACUGUUAGCUCUUUGUUCAACAUAAUCACAGGCCAUGGCUUUAUCUUCCAACCUUAGCACUGUUGCAAGCGCAGUUGCUAGCAUUAUCUGGCCGGCAGUUCAGUUAGGUUGAGGACAGGGCGGCCAUAGAAUAAGGAGGGAUACAGGGGAGUGGGUGAGGGCGGGGAGGGGAAGGAGGGCUGGUUGGAGGAAGUUAGAGGCUUUUCUUACACCUUAUUAUUCCAAUAUUUUCAUAUCACAAUUUAUUUGAUAUGUUUUGCCUUUAUUUAGUUCUGGUGCUUUUCUUUCUGCUUUGAACAUGAAUCUUUAUGCCUUUCUUUUUUAUCAUACACGUUUAUCAUUUAUGUUGUUUCAGUUCUGAUGUUCUUUUGAAUUCACCUGGGCUGCCUUCAGUGAAAGAAGAAAAAGGGAUGUAGCUUAGCCUGGCGUGGGUUGAUUGGCUGAACCGUGAUUGUCCCGCCCACCCUACAGGAAGUGUAUGGAUGUACUUCCUGUUGUCUAGUUAGCUGUAAUCAGGAGUCAUAUAUGACCGCAGCCCUGAAGAUGGCUCACCUCGGUGUGUGUGUGUGUGUGUGUGUGUGUGUGUGUGUGUGUGUGUGUGUGUGUGUGUGUGUGUGUGUGUGUGUGUGUGUGUGUGUGUGUGUGUGUGUGUUGUGCUCUUCACUCUAAACCGCUACAUCUGUGAUAUUCCAUUAUAUCAUGCACUUUACACACACCUGUACCAGUAGGCAACCAUACCAGUACGCACCAGGUGUACCAGAGUAGAACGCAUGUCUGUGCUGCCCGUGCCUUUCCUUUUUGAAAGAAGUCGUUUUUGUGUGUGUGUGUGUGUGACAGAGAGAGAUUUAUUGGCUGAGGACAUUUUCGCCUAGCUGAGAGUUGAAAGGGGAGAGAAGGAAGUAUUUACGGAAGUGUUGAGGUGGUUCUCAUGGUGACAGACAACCAUAGCAUCAGAUGGAGCAGAUGAUGGAAUUGACUAUGUCCUGUGAUGGUUUGCUGAUCAGGUAACAGUCCUGACAUUGUCCUCCAAGACUGUUGGAGGAAGAUACUGGUGGUGGUGGUGAUGAUGACGAUGAUGAGGAUGAUGAGGAGGAUGAUGAUGAUGGAAGGAGUGAAGGAUGGAGUGAACAUAUGGCCAACGACUCCUGUACCUCUAUCAUAAACGUAGCCACCUUCUGAGGUGUGAUGCAGACCUCACUUCCUUUCUCCUUUUUCUACGUCGUUAUGUUGUUAUCACUGCCUGCGGCCCCCACCUCCUCUUCCCUCCCCCCCUCUUCCCCUCGCACAUGAAAACUUUGAAAAAAAUGUUUGAAGAAAUGGGACAAAUAAAGGGUUCUUGUUUACCAAA